AUGCUGCUUGAAAUAUUCCUACUGAUCUUGUCCACUUUACCCGAUUGUCUUUGCGUGGACCUCACCUACUACGUGGAAGAAGGGAAAAGUCCAGGAACUCUAGUUGGUGACAUUGCCGCCAACUCACAUUUUAUGGAUACAGUGCCGCCACAGGAUCACCACCUAAUCACCUUCAGUCAAUUGCAACAGGGCGUCCCUGGUAGUGCCCAAUUGUUUCGUGUUUCUAAGAGAACGGGCAAAUUGUAUACCGCCCAGACCCUGGAUGCUGAAUCCAUGUGUAGAUUUAAUACGGAGUGUUUUGAGAUUGUGAAAGUGGCAGUUCGCCGAGCCGAGACGUUCAUGAGGAUCCAAAAAAUAAAAGUUGUCAUCCAGGAUGUCAAUGAUCAGCAACCACAGUUUCCAGAAAAGCAAAUCAGCAUAGAAUUUUCCGAGAGGGACGGCAAAGGGACGAUGAUUUCGAUCCCAAACGCCGUUGACAGGGACGUGGCCAUCGCCAACUCGAGAAUAGCUUAUCAACUGAAGAAGAGCAAGGAUGAGCCCUUUACCUUAAUCGAAUCAAAGAGGGUCUACGGCAAAUCGAAACUCGCGAUACGGCUUGAGGACCGACUGAAUCGAGAACGCAAAGAUUCUUACGUCGUCCAGGUUUUGGCCAAGGACGGAGGGACCCCGCCAAAACAGAGCUUUCUCGACGUCCUCAUAUCCGUGCGAGAUGAAAACGACAACGCCCCAACGUUCAGUCAGAGCGAGUACAACGUUUCUGUCAAAAAUGAGCAUUACGGAUCCCUUCCGAUUUUCACCCUAUCGGCCUCUGAUUCCGAUUCAGGCAAGAACGGUAAGGUCACGUACCACUUCAGUCCCGACACGUCGGAGGUGGCCAAAACCCACUUCAAACUCAACGAGGUCACGGGGGAGAUCUUCUUGCGAAAGAAGUUCGCCACUGGUCAGCAACUGACGUACAAGCUUUUCGUUGAAGCGACGGACGAUGGCAGCCCGCCGCUGAGUUCCAUAGCGCUGGUUCAAGUCAACUUGGUCAACCAGGAAAACAACCCUCCAAACAUCGAUAUCAAUUUCAUCUCGGCAUCUGUUGAAAACCGGGCCGUCAUCUCCGAAGAUAUAAAAGUCGGCAGUUUCAUUGCUUAUGUAAUGGUCACAGACCAUGACGCUGGGUUGAACGGUGAAGUCCUGUGCGACCUCAGCCACCAUAAUUUCCAGCUGCAAAGUCUCGGUUCGAAAGAGUACAAAGUCACCGUGAAGAACCCGCUUGACAGAGAAACAAAAGAUUAUCAUGACAUCACCAUCCGAUGCCAAGACAAAGGGUCACCGCCACUGUACAGCAAAAACAAGUUCUCUAUCAAGGUAAUGGACGUCAACGAUGUCCGACCCCAAUUCUCAAAAGACGUUUACAAGUUCUCGGUGUACGAGAACCAAAAAUCCAAAUUUCCAGUCGGAUCGAUCAGUACCACUGAUCCAGAUUUGGGACCCGGAGGUAAGCUGACUUACUUCCUGCAGACCAACAACGAGCAGUUCCUACCAUUCCAGAUCUCCGAUGACGGGUUGAUAUCGACAGUAUUGUCGCUGGACUACGAAUUUCAGGAUAUCUACAAUUUCAAGGUGCUGGUGAAGGACAGUGGUUCUCCGCCGCUGAACAACACCGUCGAUGUAAUUGUGGAAGUCCGGGAUGAGAAUGAUAAUACUCCUUACUUCACAUUCCCAAGCGUUAACCCGUUUUCAAUGGAAGUUCACUAUCACCCAGAUAACAUCAACAAUAUCACUGUACUGAAAGCAUCCGAUAAGGACAGUCGGGAAAACGCUUACUUGAAAUAUGAAAUCACGGGCGGUAACGACAAACAAUUGUUCAAUAUUAACCGCUACACCGGCCUGCUGUCGUUCACUCGUGAACCAACUCAGCUCGACGCUGGCUCUUAUGAGCUUCAUUUUGUGGUCAAAGACAGUGGUAGCCCGGUUCUGUCUACGAAGACCACACUCCUGCUGAUGGUGACUGUAAGUAGCAAGACACCAGCAGAAAUUCUUAACGUUGUACAUAUGAAAUCGGACGAUAAUAUCCAAAUGUACUUGUUAAUUGUCAUUGUAUUUGUAGCCGUGACAGUGUCUGUGGCCAUUACAGCGCCGAUUUCAAUCUGCAUUAUCCGGUGCUAUGAGCAGAGAAACAUGUCGCACGCUGUCGAGGUGAACCCAUACGACAAGUGCGUCACCGACCAGGGAAACCUAACUAGCCAGUCGCAUUUGGCCAUCUCAUGGCCGGAUGUUGCUGUCGCCAUUAGGAAAGAUUCAAAUACGUCGUGGAGUACACUUCCAACCAAGACUAAAGAACCGUUCUCUGCGGAUGGGUUCGGCGCUGAACAGCACCGGUCGGGGUCUGGAAUCAAGUUCCAAACAGCCACUGAAGUUGUUUAUGAGGUAAGUACUGAAGAUGUUCGAUUUACGAUUACAGAUUGA